CACACACCGCAUCAUUACUCUAUAAACCUCACAUUUACCACGAGCAAAUUUCGCAUCUCUUCUUCUUACUCAUUCAUUCACUCUAUCUCUUGCUUCAUUCCCAAUCCUCUUCUUCUCUUAUUAUUCCCUCUAUCUUUCUCUUCAACAAAUUUCAAUCCCUUUCUUAAAUUCUGAAGGAGCUUUACUUGACCUAGAGAAUUAGGUAUACUGAAUAUAGAAUUCCCUUGUUUGGGAGUUGUGGUAUUUAGGUGUGUAAAGAUGGGGGAUCACUUUGAUUUACUGGUGGAUCGAUUGCUUACGGAAUCGACGUUAGAGGCUGCGCUUGAAAGCAGAAAGCGGGCUAUGCAGGCUGCGUCCUCCGCAGUGAAUGACGCGGAAAUUGAUCUGUCUUUGUUGAAGAUGGGUCUGGAUAAUGUUAAAUGUUCAGGGAAGAUGGUGGAAUGUAGGAUAUGUCAUGAUGAUGAUGAUGAUUCGAAUAUGGAGACACCUUGCUCCUGUUGUGGUAGUUUGAAGUAUGCACACAGAAGAUGUAUACAACGGUGGUGCAAUGAGAAGGGCAACACCACCUGUGAAAUAUGCCACCAGCCAUUCAAACCUGAUUAUACAGCUCCUCCUCCAUUGUUUCAAUUUGGACGUAUUCCAAUGAGUUUCAGAGGAAAUUGGGAAAUUUCGCGAAGAGACUUAAAUAGUACUCAUUUAGUUAGCAUGGUUCCCUCUGAUCAAAGCCUUAACAAUUCUAACUAUGAUCCAUAUUCAGCCUCUUCUUCAGGAAGUUUGAUAUGCUGUCGUUCGGUUGCUAUCAUUUUCAUGGUUCUGCUGAUUUUAAGACAUACACUUCCCCUCCUAAUUAGUGGAAGUAAAGACUUCUAUUUCCCGCUUUUCAUGGUGUUAUUAUUUCGGAGUGCUGGAAUUGUCGUACCUAUAUACUUCAUGGUUAGAGCAGUGGCACUAAUCCAGCGACAUCGGAGACAACAUCGAGAGCAUCCUAGGGACUUGGUAAGUUCAUCGGAUGAUGAAAUCGAGCAAGCAGGUUUGCAGCCUCAACCUCAUAUCAUACAUUUAGUGUAGAAACACUGUAAAUGAAGUAUGGAAAGCUUCAGUUCUAAGCUGCUGCUACAAUCUUUCUUCUGAUUUACGCUGGAAGUUGGCGGAGACAAUUCCUUGACAACCUUGAUUUUGCUGAGUGAGGAUAAAUUCUUCUAUUCUGCAACAGGCCGGUGUCAUAGCUCAUAAAGGAAUUGCAGGGUAUACUUCGGCGAGUAUUGGCAGCAGCUUGUUAUGUUUGAGUUAGUUUUCUGUGUCCGGGUUCAAAUUCUUCACAUUCAAAUUCUUAACAUCUACAAUCUUGCACAUGAUAAAGAUCAUAAAUUGUCAACUUAAAAAAAGAUGGACAAUUGAUGACUCUUAUGCGUGCAAGGUUUCAACCGUUAGGCGAAUGCAGUUAUAUAGGUAGAAAAUUACACGGGUAGAUAUUAACCAUGCAUGGACGGAUUUAUUGUAUAUGUUGCAAUGAAAUUUUAGUUACCUUUGUGAUUU